UCGAGCUUAACCCAUAUUCUAUCCCGGAUCAAUGCGGCUGUCCUUCAUCCCAAAGACAUAUCGUAGAAUGAUGAUCUGCAGCGCUAGUGCCACGAGCAAAGAAGUCUAGAAAAGUCACCGACGAAUUGGCUAACCUGUCUCAACAUAUCUACCCUUGGGUCCGAGGAGCCGUUCUCCUGAAACAACAGGCGACUUGCUUAUGGUAAGAAGUUCCAGUCUCCCUUUCUCCUCCCUGUACUCCCUUUGUUUGGGUCGGAUUGAGAAACACGGUGCGUAGGGAUGUUAAAUGAGAUAUCAAUUGCCUGAUGUCUUUGUGUCUUCUAUCCAACGUGCGUGCGAGCACCGACCCUGUAAGACUUUCUUCGUCUAAAGCUUCUAAGCUACUUAUCACCGAUACCGUUCAGGCUCGCUGAUUCGCAGGUUCCACCGAUCACCAGACCCGUCGCAUCACCAACCCUGGUAUCGUGGUUCGGGAACGGAACCGUGACUAUACAUUCAAGGCCCAGGACCCUCGGCAGAUGCCUGCAACGUUCGAACACAUGAUAUGACUACUGGUUCUCGUUUGGCGAACAGCGUCCGGCGGCUUCGACACAGGGCAACAUGUACGGCUCCAAGAAAACUUUGUGAACAACCUUCUAGCGCCCAUGCUUCCAGAAGUAACGACGUGGCGCUUGCGUUCUGUGGGUCCAAGCAAUGCCAGUUCCGGUAGCAUCUCAGUUAAAUGGGCGCAUGCUGCCCUGCUUUCCACCUACCACAGGAAGUCGUUCCUAUUGUGCAGCAAACAGCACAAUGAGUCUCCAAUACAGUUAGUAAACUGCUUAGAUCUUUUGACGUGAUAAAUAUGUCUUCAUGACUGGUUAAG